UCCAUAAGCACCCUGCAACAGUUGGAACUCAAAAAAAAGAGAAAAGAAAAGAAGGGUCCAUUCCAUUUCCAUCAUACCAAAAAAAGCAAAAGCGAAAGAAAAAUAAAGCAAAAAAAAAAAAGAUUAAAGAGAAAGAAUUCAAACAAGAACAAGAGUUUUCUUCUUAGUUUCUUUCUUAGUGAAAAAAAAAAGAAAAGAAAAAAAAUGCAGAAUCAACAACAACAGCAGCAGCAACUACAGACACUGAUGCAAGCUGGUCAGAUUUCAGGGAGUUUGAGUUUUAAUGGGAAUUUAAGUAAAGAAGAUGAAGAAAUGUCAAAAUCUGCACUUUCAACUUUUAAAGCUAAAGAAGAAGAGAUUGAAAAGAAGAAACUUGAAGUUAAGGAGAAAGUUCAAGCUCAGUUGGGUCGUAUUGAAGAGGAAACUAGACGUUUGGCUGUUAUUCGUGAGGAACUAGAAGCUUUAGCAGAUCCAAUGAAGAAAGAAGUUUCAACGGUCCGAAAGAGGAUUGAUAUUGUCAACAAGGAGUUAAAACCCCUGGGACAGACUUGUCAGAAGAAGGAGAGAGAAUACAAAGAAUCUCUCGAGGCCUUCAAUGAAAAACACAAGGAAAAAGUACAACUUAUAUCAAGAUUGAUGGAGCUGGUGGGCGAAAGCGAGAAAAUGAGGAUGAAGAAGUUGGAGGAGCUGAGCAAGAGUGUAGAAACGAUUCGUUGAAAGAAAAAUCACCUUAAAAAAGCUCAUAAGUGACGACUAAAUAGGCUUGUGUGAUAUAUUUAAGAAGAUAAUCGAAAUUUCUAUUUAUUAUAUGGUUGUUUUCGCGUUUGGUGGGUGUAUUCUUUCUUCGUUUUUUUCGCGUAUUUUGUUGUUCUCUUUUCAUUUUUAGCAGGAUGAUGAUCUAAUUUUAGGUGUCAAAAGGGAAAUACCCUUGUAAACAUGUUUGUAACUAAAACAGGUCUUCUCUCAA